CCCAAAUUUGAAGUGUUCUUGGAUCUACCCCCAUACAUCACCACCUCAGAUGAAGAAUUUCUGGUCAAAGUAUGUGCAAAGUACACCUAUGGGAAACCUGCUCAUGGAAAAGUAGAGCUCGGGUUAACAAGGGAACGAUUAUUCGGGGGAAUGUUGAAUGGAAACUUGUCAGAGAUCGCGAAGACAUACACUGGAAAGACGGACCGGACUGGCUGUGCCUCAUUCACCAUUUAUUCGGCUGAUUUGAAUAUGACUCAAGAAAGUUCCAUGAGCGAGGUUAACCUUCUUGCAGAGUUCACGGAAAAAGAAACAGGAGCGACAAGAAUAAAAGUACAUUCUUUCUAUCUCAGCGCCAACGAGGUGUCAGUCAACUUUGUCAACCUCAACACAUUCUACAAGCAGGGCUUUCCAUAUACUGGCAAGAUGAAAGUGAGCAUUGCUUUUGAAGACGUACCUCUUCAGAACGAGACUGUCUAUCUCACAGUUGACGUCAACGACGUAGAGACACACAUCCCAUACGUCACAGAUGAGAAUGGUGAAGUCCACUUCUCUGUAGACACAACAAACUGGAACAACACCCUGGUUGCCAUCCGGGGUCGACAUUCCACUGGAAAUGGAACCCAAGGUGAUUUGGGUUUUAUCAGGGCCCACAUGGAAGCAUACAACUGGCUGAAGCCGUUCUACUCCGAAAGCAACAGCUUCCUCGAGAUCCAGAAUGUAGAGGAAGAACUGCCCUGCGGAAAGGAUCAGGAAGUACUGGUGGACUAUAUAAUCGACCGGAAAGAACUGGGCCCUGAGGCUGACCACGUGGAUUUCUAUUACUUGGUUGUCUCAAAGGGAAGAAUUAUUUCCAGUGGGCAGAAACAGGUGCCAGUCGGCCAGGAUGAGACAUUGAAAGGCACCUUCUCUCUCUCUGUGUCUGUGAGCAUGGAUCUGGCGCCCACUGCCCGGCUCCUGCUGUUUGCUGUGUUUGCUGAUGGUGAGGUGGCAGCUGAUGUGGACGUGUUCAACAUAGAGAAGUGUCUCCAGCAUCAGGUGUCGGUGGCCUUUUCUAAGGAGGAAGGCCUUCCAGGAUCAGAGGUCAGCCUACAGAUAGAAGCUGCUUCUGGGGCAUUGUGUUCUCUCCGGGCUCUGGACAAGAGUGUUUUACUGAAUAAGGACAUACUGUUCAGAAUCCCUUACUUCUAUGGCAGUGAUACGGUCUCUCUCAGAGGGUUUGGUUAUCACUUGGAAGACUUCGAGCCGUACCCGUGUCUCCUUCGUCCGGGUCCCCAUCCAAGACAGAAGCGGUCUCUGCUUAUGGCCCCCUGGUAUCAAAGCGAGGCAGACGUCUUUAGUCUGUUCAAGUUCUUGGGAAUGAAAGUGUUUACCAACACCGACAUUAAAAAGCCUGUCUCCUGCGAGCGUCCGCACGAGAGGCUGCUUUUCAGAGGCGACAAAGGUGAGAAUCAGAGUGAUGCAGCUGUUGUGCAGCAAGGGUCUCAGGAUCUUGAUUCCAAACCAAAGGAGAAGAAGAAGUCCAAACCCAGGACGUACUUUCCUGAGACCUGGAUCUGGGAUCUGAUACCAGUCAACGAAGAGGGGAAAGCAUCUGUCUCGGUCACCUCUCCGGACACCAUCACCGAGUGGAGAGCCGACGCUUUCUGUGUGGCAGAUGGAGGCUUGGGGCUCGCCCAACCGGCUGACUUCCGGGCCAUUCAGCCCUUCUUUGUAGAUCCGGUGAUGCCUUAUUCUGUAAUCCGUGGGGAGACUUUUGAACUCAGAGUCACUGUCUUCAAUUACCUGAAGGACUGCAUCCAGGUGAAAAUCCAGCUGGCGGAAUCCAAGGAAGUCGAGGUGGAGCCCUGCCUGGCCUGCCGCUUCACCACCUGCCUCUGUGCAGAGGAGGCCCAGACCUUCUCCUGGAACGUGACGGCAACACAGCUAGGACGUGUCAACCUCUCGGUAACUGCUGAGGCCGAGGAGACGCAGGAGCUGUGUGGCAACAGAAUCUCCGUGACCCCUGCACAUGGCCGCUCCGACACUGUGAUCAAGUCCUUGCUUGUCAAGCCAGAAGGCAUCCUCAAGGAAGAGACCCACAAUUCAUUCCUCUGCUCCUCAGGGGAUGCUGUGGUGGAGGACGUUUCUCUCAAGCUACCCGAGAAUCCUGUGGAGGACUCUGGCCGAGCCACCUUCUCUGUCAUCGGUGACAUCCUGGGCCCUGCACUGCAGCAUACAGACCGGCUUCUUCAGAUGCCCUUUGGCUGUGGGGAGCAGAACAUGGUCAAGUUUGUCCCCAAUAUCUUCAUCCUCCAAUACUUGGAAGCGACCAACCAGGCGACUCCUGAGACCAAGGCCAAGGCCUUGGAAUACAUAAAGAAAGGGUACCAGCGCCAGCUGCUCUACCAACAUGACAACGGCUCCUACAGCGCCUUUGGUGAGCGCGAUGAUGAGGGCAACACCUGGCUGACAGCUUUCGUGGCUCGGGCUUUUGGCCAGGCCAAGUCCUACAUCUUCAUUGACGAGAAGCACAUCCAGGACACCGUUCGCUGGUUGGAGAAGCACCAGCUUCCCAGCGGCUGCUUUGAAAGUGUAGGAAGGCUCUUCAACAAUGCCCUGAAGGGUGGUGUGGAGGAUGAGUACUCGCUGACAGCUUAUGUGACCGCUGCGCUGCUGGAGGUCCACCUGGACAAGAAUAAUACCAUGGUACAAGAUGCAAUCGGAUGUCUGAAGAGGAAUUUAAGUUUUGUGGAGGAUGCCUACCCCAGAGCCUUGUUGGCAUACGUCUUCACGUUGGCAGGGGACAUGGAGACACGGCAACAGCUCCUGAGUGAUUUAGACGAACAGGCUAUCAAACAUGAUGUUGAGACCACUGCUUAUGUCCUCCUGGCUUACCUCUCCAAACCAGAAGUAUCUGCAGAUGAAAUCAAAGACAUCACCAAGAUUGCGGGCCCCCUUGUUAAGUCACAGAAUCCAUAUGGGGGAUUUUACUCCACGCAGGACACGGUGGUUGCCCUGCAAGCCUUAUCCCGGUACGCGACCUUAACCUAUCAUGAGAUUGAAGGCGUCCAGGUGCUGGUGAAGUCCACCACGGGGUUCCAGCAUGAAUUCCACAUUGACAAGGGGAACCGGCUGGUGCUGCAGCAGGCGCCUCUCCCCGAAGUUCCCGGAGAGUACAAGGUGGAGGUCUCGGGGAAUGGCUGUGCAUACGUGCAGAGCACUCUUCGCUAUAACCAGCACCCUGAAAAACGUGACACCUUUGCUUUGGACGUGGAGACUUUGCCUAAGGAAUGCAACCGAACUACCAAGAAAUAUUUUGAUAUUCAUCUGCAAGUGAGCUACACAGGGGAGCGAGAGAGAAGUAACAUGGUUCUGAUAGAAGUGGAGAUGCUGUCGGGCCACAUCCCCGUGAAGAAGUCUGUGAAGAGGCUAUUAGAGAAGCCUCUAGUGAAAAAGGUGGAAUUUGACCCAGACAAAGUCAUCAUUUACCUGGAUGAGCUGGAUAACACAGAGCAAUGUUACACAUUCUCAGCGGAACAAGAAUUUGAAGUGAAGGACCUGAAGUCAGGGGUGGCGAAAGUCUACGAUUACUACAACCCAGAUGACUAUGCGGUUGCUGAAUACAACGCUCCCUGCAGCACAGAGAUCGCAAAGGAAAAUCAGCUUCAUCCUUUACCAGGAACUGAAACAGCCUAAUAUGAAUAGUGGAAUUGCCCUUUGGGGAUUUACUCUCCUGUACUGUGUCCAGACGAUGGCUUGGAUCCCAAACAGAAAUAUUCUCCAUGCACAGUGAGGGGCGGGGUGUUGCAAUUCCUCCCUCCUCAUGCGACCCCUGUAUCACACGCCGUGCUGUUUCCAGGGGGAAGGGUUUCCUGACUCUCUGAAGCAAGGAAAAUCUGUCCCCUUCCCAUAGUGAUAAAUGUGCCCUCUAAUGGUGCAGAAGGAGAACUGGAUUGCUCAUGGUAGACAUGUUCUGUUGGAACCUCAGACUUCAGAGGGGGACGUGACUAGAGAGUCAGGCAGAUGGAGGGGUCAAGGCACUGGGCUCUACUGCUCUGACACUAUCCCUUUGAUGUGUAGGUUGCUUCUCUCAGGAAACUUCCUUCUUCCUUUUUGCCCCUCCUCUCUCAUGCAUGCACACUUCUCCAUUUUGCCACCAGGAGGCCCAGUAUCCCCCUCCAUCUUAGUUAGUUAGACUAGAUCAGGGAACUAAGUUAACGUUAUCCUAUCUAGAAAUGGAGUUUGUGCAAUAAAUGUGGUAUAUUAAUUUGAAUAGA